AUGGAGUGAAAUUUAGACUCCCAUGUUUUAGGCGAUGACAUUUUUCUUUCGUUUCUCAAUGUGCAAGAGCCUUUCUUUGAUGCGAACCACAACUUCAUAGCACCUCGGAAAGAAAAAGAAAUAGAAACUCACAAACCAAUUCCAGACGCCAAGAGACUGAGAAGGCUGGCAAAAAAUAGACUUUCUGCCAGAAACACGAGAAACAGGAAAAAGCAAAAUCUACAGUACUUGGAAUCAAGGGUCGCAAGCCUAACUGAAGAGGUGGAAAGCUUAAGGCAAGAAGCACGCGAUGAUGACAAAAUAAGUGAUGAGGUUUCAGAGCAAUUAAGAUCUGAGAGACAGAUGAGGUUUGCCCAGCUAAAAACGCUUUUAGAAACUGAAGGACAUGAUGAACAAAUCCAAGAAACGAUAGACACACUCCGCAUCAAAAUGGGCGUUGAUGGUGUAGAGCGUCAAGGGUACAUAGAAUACGUUAUGCGGCAAAUAUCCAGCAUAUUCGUACCAGAACUGCUAACUUCCCCCUCUGAGCAUCAAAAAAAUUUCACUUGCUUAAGGGGAUUUCUUUUAAAAUUUUAAUUUAAAGGAUCCCAGUCCGAAAAAAUGUUAAGAAAGAUUAACUUAAUUUGUAAAAUAUAUGUUUUAAAUGCAAACUGCUUAAAAUUUAACAAAUUAUUUAGAGAUUUCAUUAUAAUAAUUAUUACUUAUGUAUCAAAAUAUUUUGUAAACAAUUUAAUGUUGCACAGAGGCUUUUUUCCCAAUGUUUUGUUCGCUCACGGAGGGGAAGGGAGUAAAAAGCUUACUCAAUGUUGUCUCAAACAGAGGUAUUAUUUUAAUGAUUUCCCCUUCUAUAACCCCAGAGCAGCUGCAAAACGCAGAAGCCCACUUGCAAGCCAUUGAAGCAAAAAAAGAAUCUGGCAAUAUAAAAAACUAAUGAAUUUUUUUCGAAUAUGAUUUUAGAAAUUUUAAAUAAAAUACUAUUACUUUUAUAGGAAAUAAUUUAUCAGAUAGAAAGUUUUCACGCUUGCCCAAAAGAAGCUUACGACAGCUGCUUAAAAAAUCUAAAAAGAAUUCAAAAAUGCUUACUCAGGAGGACUGGGCACCUCCAAAGCAUAAUUGAUACCAUUGCAACGAUGCUAACACCGAGACAACAAGCAGCUCUUCUCAUUAGGCUGAAUGAUUCUGGGGCAUUAUUAGAUCCAUUUGACAAGGGUGUUAAUUACUAA